AUGCUCUCUGCCCCUGCACUGCGUCUGACACUGCUGGCCUUCUGGCUGGGCACCCCCCAGCCUGCCCACCCGGAGAUGCUCUUCCACAGCCGGGACCGUUCGGACCUGGAGCCAUCCCCUCUGAGCCGGGCCAAGCCCAUCGCUGACCUCCGCGCUGCUCAGAGAUUUCUGUCCAGAUACGGCUGGUCCGAAGUGCCUGCAGCCUGGGGGCCCAGCCCCAAGGGACCAGCAGAGGCUUCCGUGGGCUCCACCCUGGUCCAGGCCGUGCGCAGAUUCCAGAGGGCAAACAGACUGCCAGCCAGCGGAGAGUUGGAUGCACCCACACUGGUGGCUAUGAACAGGCCGCGCUGUGGGGUCCCUGACACGCGCCUGCCACCUCCAGCCAUCCUGACAACUCCACCAGCCCCAUUAGCCCCUCUAGGCCCACGGCCCAGGGUCCGGUCAAAGCGCUUCCUGCAAAUGCUGUUGCCCAGGCCAGGCAGGCAGCAGGAGGACACCUGGGACAGCAAGGCCAUCAGGGCCUUCUCCAAGAAGACCCUGAGCUGGAGGCUGGUGGGAGAGGCCUACAGCAGCCAGCUCUCUGUGGACGAGCAGAGGUACAUCUUCAGACUGGCCUUCAGGAUGUGGAGCGAGGUGACGCCCCUGAACUUCCGUGAGGACCUCACUUCCCCUGGGGCCACUGUGGACAUAAAGCUGGGGUUUGGGAGAGGCCGGCACUUGGGCUGCCCUCGAGUGUUCGAUGGCAGUGGACAAGAGUUUGCACAUGCUUGGCGCCUGGGUGAUGUCCACUUUGACGACGACGAGCACUUCACUCCUCUGUCCAGUGACAGCGGCAUCAGCCUGCUCAAGGUGGCUGUCCAUGAAAUUGGCCAUGUCCUUGGCUUGCCUCACACGUACAGAACAGGAUCCAUAAUGCAACCCAAUUAUAUUCCUCAAGGUCCUGCAUUUGAGUUGGACUGGUCAGACAGAAAAGCAAUUCAGAGACUAUAUGGCUCGUGUGAGGGGUCGUUUGAUACCGUGUUUGACUGGAUUCGCAAGGAGAAGAACCAGUAUGGCGAGGUGAGAGUGAGAUUCAGCACGUACUUCUUCCGCCACGGCUGGUACUGGCUGUACGAAAACCGCAACAACAGGACGCGGUACGGGGACCCGCUCCCGCUGCUCACUGGCUGGCGCGGAAUCCCCACGCAGAGCAUCGACGCGUUUGUCCACGUCUGGACGAGGCGGAGAGACGAGCGGUAUUUUUUUAAAGGAAACCAGUACUGGCGCUACGACAAUGACAAAGAUCAGGCUCACACAGAAGAUGAGCGAGGAGGGAGCUACCCCAGACUGAUUUCAGAUGGGUUUCCUGGCAUCCCCAGUCCUCUGGACACCGCCUUUUAUGACAGAAGGCAGCAGCUGGUUUACUUCUUCAAGGAGUCCUGGGUAUUUGCGUUUGAUGUCAACAGAAACCAGGUACUGAGCUCUUAUCCAAGGAAGAUCACUCACGUGUUUCCCGCAGUCGAGCCACACAACCACCCCUUCAGAAGCAUCGAUGCGGCCUACUACUCCUACGCGCACAGCUCCAUUUUCUUCUUCAAAGGCAAAGCCUACUGGAAAGUCGUGAGCGACAAGGACAAACAACUGAACUCUCGGCUUCCUCUGAAUGGCCUGCUUCCAAAGAGACCUGCGUCAGAGAAGUGGUUCGAUGUGUGCGACGUUCACACGUCCGCACUCAGCACGUGA